AUGGAUGACAAGCGGAAGCAUCACAAGAAGAAGAAGGUGGGGAAGAAAGCCAAGAGGAAGAAAAUAAGCAAAGGAGGAAAGCACGGCACAAAGAACAAUGAAGUGAAGAAGUUCCAUAAGGCAUUCGCCUUCAGUGGAGGUAUUCGAAGUGCCCACCGGAGGAAGCAACACCAAUUCGAGUUAGAGGAAAAAAAGUUAAGGGUGCCAAGGAAUUUUAAAGAAUGCAGUAAAAGUAGCCCACUUAUAGUGGCUAUACAAGGUCCGAAAGGGGUUGGUAAAACGACUCUUUUGAAAAGUCUUAUUAAGCACUACGUUGGGGUGUCAAUCAAUGAAGUGCGAGGACCUAUAUCGAUUAUAACGAAGGCGUUGAAAAGGUACACCUUCAUAGAAGUAGAUGACAACAUUCUAAGCAUGAUAGAUGUAGCGAAAGUUGCAGAUUUGUGUCUGCUGGUUAUCGAUGGAAGCUACGGUCUUGAACUCGAGACCCUUGAAUUUGUAAGUAUAUUGAAUACCCAUGGAUUGCCAAAGGUUAUAGGGGUAGUUACCCACUUGGACAAAUUUAAGGACAGUAAGAGCAUCCGGAAGAGGAAGAAAAAAUUGAAUAAAAGAUUUAGUGAAGAGAUGGUGGAGGGGGCAAAAAUAUUUUUCUUCAGUGGAAUUCAAAGUGGCAGAUACAACAAAACGGAGGUUCGAAAUUUUUGUAAAUUCGUUUCUUCGGUUAAGAGACCACAGAUCUCGUGGAGGGAGCAACAUGGGUACGUUUUGGGUCUUCGCUUAGAUGUGGAUGAAUUCGCAACGGAGGAGGAAGAUACAGACAAGCGAAUUGACUCCUUUCUCUCCAAGUGCGAUGAGCAAAUUUGCAUCCACGUGGAGGGGUUCGUUUAUGGGUCCAAAAUUUUCAACAACCAAGUCAUGCACAUCCCUAACAUUGGGGAUGUCCCCGUCAGGGACAUUCAAAUCCUGCAGGAUCCUUUUCUCACGGAUGAGCAGAAGAAGAACCCAAACGUCUAUGCUCCUAUGGCGGAUGUUGGGAAUGUGGCCUUCGACUUCGAUAACAUGUUUAUACACAUACCGAAGAGCAAGGUGAACUUCACCCCGGGGGAGGCGCUCCUUGGGGGGGACACAGAAAAAUCGGAUGGGGGAAUACACAAUGAUAUACCUGAUGAGAGUGGUGAAGAAAGUGAAGAAGGAAGUAGCCCUAGGGGGGAUGAUCCUUCUGCCAAUCGGGACGACGAAAGAUACAUGACGGAGGGCAUACGCAUGAUUCGGGCACUGCAAACGUCCAAGUAUGCACUUUGCAACAACGCUGGUGCGGAUGACGAGCCGCUACUCUUCGACGAGCAGGAGGAUGUGCACCGAAGGAAGGCCCCCUCCAAUGUGUUCAUAAGCGAACGGCAAAAGAAGAAGAAGCAGGCAGAGAAGUACGUCAACGAGAAGGUGAAGGAGUAUACGGAACUGGAGCCGAUUCUGUUUGGAAAGAGGGAUGCGGAGGACGAUUACCACUAUGCGGAUGGGGUGACUCUUUCGGCCAGCGGGGGGGAAGACAGCAACCAUGAAAAGGACAACAAAGAAGAGGAUGCUAACUCCUCUGAUGAAGACGAGGAAGAAGAAAGUGAAGAUGAUGAUGACGAUGACGACGAAGAAGAAGACGUCGAAGCAGACGAAGAGGAAGACGCUGAAAUUGACGAAGAGGAUGAGGAAGAUGAAGGGGACGACCUGGAUGGGAACUUCCCUAACAGAGGGGAGCACCAGCUAGCGCAGGAGCUGGCCUUCGACAAUAAGGCAAGCCUGGAAGCGUUCAUUUAUGACGCACGCUACAUCCACAGGAAGAAUAAUCACCUGUAUUUUAAGGGGGAUAUCCUGGUGUUGAUGCGGCGGGAGGGGGACUACUUACACGGGGAAGAAGACUUUAAUAGUAUUCUCAGUAUAGACUCUGUGAAGGAAGAGAAGGCACAUCAACUAUACAGCUACAUGCAUGAGGAGAACUACUUUCUAGACGAGGUGGACUCCUUCAAAUGGAUAACAGAUGAGGUGUUCGUUUUUAACAACCUGACAGUUUCGCUGGGGGAUGUGGCGGAUGAAGCUCUGGUGGAGCAGUUCUUCUCUCGGUACGGGAGUCUAUACGAGGGUUGCUUUGGGUUGACAGAAGAUGCAGGGAGUGGAGAAGAGGGGGACAUAGUCAGUGGGGAGGAGGAAAACGAAGAGGGGGAUGACAAAGUUGGGCAGGAUGACGUCACCGAUGGAGGGGACCCCCCUAUGGUUGGCGAAGAGGAGGGGAAGGCCUCCCUGAAGAAGGCCAAGGCAGAACGGGAACAGCAGAAGGAAAGGUACCAAGAGACGGAGGGCAUCGGUGUGUUAAGCAGCAACACAUACGGCUCGUCAGUAAACAUCGGUGAAUACAUAAAAGUGGUAUUCAAAAUAGAGAGGAAAAAAUUAGCAGUAAUGAAAAAGGGCAUAAUAAUAUGUGGAGGUUUACAAACGUAUGAGGAGAAGGAAUCGAUGAUUCACUGCCGAGUGAAGAAACACCGGUGGUUUCCAAAAGUGUUAAGGUCCAACGAUCCAAUGAUUAUCUCGAUAGGGUGGAGGAGAUACCAGAGCAUCCCCAUUUAUUCUAUAAACGAAAGAAACAACGUCAGAAUAAGAUUUUUAAAGUAUACAACAGAGCACAUGCAUUGUAAUUGCACCUUUUACGGACCAGUGGCAGGUGCGAAUAAUGGAAUAUUAGCCAUUGCCAACUACAAGAAGGUGCCCUACUACCGCAUCUGCCUAAACGGAGUAACGUUAGAAACGAAUGCAAAUAUAAAAAUAAUGAAAAAACUCAAACUGAUUGGAGAGCCGUAUAAAAUUUUUAAAAACACAGCGUUUGUAAGGAAUAUGUUUAACUCCGACUUGGAGGUGAGCAAAUUUAUUAACUGUCCUGUGGUGACUCCAAGUGGGAUCAAAGGGUUAAUAAAAAGCAAGCUCACCGAGAACGGAAACUGCAGAUGUACCUUCGCAGAUAAAAUUCGAAUCAGCGACAUCGUCAUUUUAAAGCUGUAUGUAAAUGUGAAGAUUAAAAAAUUUUUUACUUACGACGUGGAGAAUAAACUGAGGUCCAUAAAUGAGCUGAGGUACAUCUACAACAUGUAUGUUAACCACAAGAGCAACUACAGGAGUGUACCCUUUCGCCAUUUCUACCAUUCGAAAAUACACAUUAAUCCAAAGCUGCUGAAGGAACUUCCUUACAAAUCCAAGCCAAAACUGUUCAGUAAAAUGAGCAACGAGGAAGAGUCAAAAAAACAAAAAGAGAAAAAAGACGACCAGAUUAACUUCCGCGCAUUGGAAAACCCCAAGUUAGCUUCUCGGUGGUACCAAAUGCUGCACACCAUUAAAAAAAAUAUUGUUGACAAGAGAAGGGAAAAGGCAAAACUGUCCUACCAUAACAAGAUGAAGAAGGCCCUCAUGGUGGAGGAAGCCAAACACACGGUCGUCAAGCAGCGCAAGAAGAUGUCCUACCGCAAGGGCAAGGCACGUUCCCACGCGUGA